ACCGCAGCUGUCAACUCCAGCAUGUCUUACAGCGUGACCCUGACUGGGCCCGGACCCUGGGGCUUCCGCCUGCAGGGGGGCAAGGACUUCAACAUGCCGCUCACCAUCUCCCGGAUCACUCCGGGCAGCAAGGCAGCCCAGUCCCAGCUCAGCCAAGGAGACCUUGUGGUGGCCAUUGACGGCGUCAACACAGACACAAUGACCCACCUGGAGGCCCAGAACAAGAUCAAGUCCGCCAGCUACAACCUGAGCCUCACCCUGCAGAAGUCGAAGCGCCCCAUUCCCAUCUCCACGGCUGCGCCCCAGGUCCAGUCCCCUCUGCCAGUGAUUCCCCACCAGAAGGACCCUGCUCUGGACACCAACGGCAGUCUGGCGGUGCCCAGUCCCAGCCCCGAGGCGCGGGCCAGCCCAGGCACCUUGGGCACGAUGGAGCUCAGACAGAACCUGAGCUCCUCCUUCUCCCAGACCUCCAUCUUCUCCCACACGGGGGCCUCUGACCCCUCCCCUCCACGGGGCAGCCCAGAGGGCCCGAAAGUCCCACAGGGCUCGAGACAGCCAAGGCAGUAUAACAACCCCAUUGGCCUGUACUCGGCAGAGACCCUGAGAGAGAUGGCUCAGAUGUAUCAGCUGAGCCUCCGAGGGAAGGCCUCAGGUGCUGGACUCCCAGGAGGCGCCGACUACCAGGAACGCUUCAACCCCAGUGCACUGAAGGACUCCGCCCUGUCGACCCACAAGCCCAUAGAGGUGAAGGGACUGGGAGGCAAAGCGACCAUUAUCCACGCGCAGUACAACACACCCAUCAGCAUGUACUCUCAAGACGCCAUCAUGGACGCCAUUGCUGGGCAGGCCCAGGCCCAGGGCAGUGACUUCAGUGGGAGUCUUCCUGUUAAAGACCUGGCUGUGGACAGUGCCUCGCCUGUGUACCAGGCUGUGAUUAAGAACCAGAACAAGCCAGAAGAGGAGGCCGAUGAGUGGGCCCGCCGCUCCUCUAACCUGCAGUCUCGUUCCUUCCGCAUCCUGGCCCAGAUGACAGGAACAGAGUACAUGCGAGACCCGGACGAAGAAGCUCUGAGAAGGUCAAGGCCCCAGUCUUCUGCCUACAGCUCCGCGGUAGCUACCUCUCCAGCACCUGCUGCCCACACCAGCUAUGGUGAGACCCUGGCUGGCCCUGCGUCCAAGCCCCGGGUUGUGACCACAGCCAGCAUCCGGCCUUCUGUCUAUCAGCCAGUGCCUGCGUCUACCUACAGCCCAUCCCCAGGGGCAAAUUACAGUCCAGCUCCCUACACCCCCUCCCCUGCUCCUGCCUACACCCCUUCAUCUGCCCCCACCUAUACACCCUCACCGGCACCAGCCUAUACCCCCUCACCCGCCCCAAGCUAUAGCCCUGCCACCUACAGUGGGGGCCCUGCGGAGCCUACCAGCCGCCCCCCCUGGGUGACAGACGACAGCUUCUCCCAGAAGUUUGCCCCUGGGAUAAGUACCACAUCACUCAGCAAGCAGCCCCUGCCCAGGGGGGGCCCAUCCUACACUCCAGCAGGACCCCAGGUAUCCCCCCUCGCCAGGGGCACCGUCCAGAGGGCCGAGCGCUUCCCAGCCAGCAGCCGGACUCCACUCUGCAGCCACUGCAACAGUGUCAUCCGGGGCCCCUUUCUGGUAGCCAUGGGCCGCUCCUGGCACCCAGAAGAGUUCAACUGUGCCUACUGCAAGACCUCCCUGGCGGACGUGUGCUUCGUGGAAGAGCAGAGCAGUGUCUACUGCGAGCGGUGUUACGAGCAGUUCUUUGCCCCACUGUGUGCCAAGUGCAACACCAAAAUCAUGGGGGAGGUGAUGCAUGCCCUGAGACAGACCUGGCACACCACCUGCUUCGUCUGUGCUGCCUGCAAGAAGCCGUUUGGGAACAGCCUCUUCCACAUGGAGGAUGGGGAGCCCUAUUGCGAGAAAGACUACGUCAAUCUAUUCAGCACCAAGUGUCACGGCUGUGAUUUCCCUGUGGAGGCUGGUGACAAGUUUAUUGAAGCCCUUGGACAUACCUGGCAUGACACUUGCUUCAUUUGCGCAGUCUGCCACGUGAAUCUGGAAGGGCAGCCAUUCUACUCCAAGAAGGACAAGCCCCUGUGCAAGAAGCACGCGCACGCCAUCAACGUGUAGGGCCCGGGCGUCUGCUGCCAACAAGGCCUGGGAGCUGCUCCUGCUGCUGGCAACAAAGGAUUCCUGGAGGCUGAUGUUUCUUUUGGGGGGAAAACGGGGAAGGCAGGAAGUGAUUGAGCCCUUUUGAAGUAUAAUUUUAGUCCUUUCUUCUGUACACAGAUCAUGUAUUUGCAUAGUUCAGACUAGAAGCCAAAUGAAGAUUCUAAACCAAGCUAGUAAUUAAUCCAAGACUAGAAUUGUGCUUCAAAUGCUUAGGACAGAAUUCUAAGAACUCAAAAGUGAAAAACAACUAACUUUCCCAAAGCAAUACACUUCCCCAAGGUCACCAGGGUAGUGACAGAGCUCAGCCCAUCAGUGAACCCAAGGUACAGAGAAUCUGAAGCAACAACCAAGAGAAGUGCCAAACCAUGCUUGCUGCAGGGUAUUUUUAGAGCCAGAGCUGAGAGCUUGUUAGCUAAGGCCGACUGGGCUUUCCUCACCAAAAAAGGAAGUGUUACUCCAUUACUCUGCAUCGGUCUCUAGGCCCUCAAGUGGACAGACUUGCAGUGUUCUAUAGGGAGCCUGGACAUCCAAAGAGAAUUUAGGACUGAGACCAUGAACUGCUGUCUUCUGGGAGACACAGGGUGAUCAGGAGGGCUGUGAAAGGACUCUGGCUUACAUUGCAGACUGCCGAGAAAGGACGGGCCCUUCAGUUGCCCCCGACAGUUUGAAGCACCCAAUGUGCUCACAAGGCUUAGCUCCUUUUUUUUUUUUCUUUAACAUGUACAAUUCAGUGACAUUGAUUAUUACAUUCUUCAGGUUGUGCAACCAUUCUCACCCUCCUUUUCUGAGUUGUUCCCUCCAUUAACAUAAAUUCACUACUCCCUAAAGUUCCUGUCUCAUCUUUCAAGUUGCUGUCGUCAAUUUGAUCCCACAUAAAAAAAAAAAAAAAUAGAUCUUAAAAGAGCAUAAUGCUGAAGGCAGACAUGCUUUGCUAGUUAAAUAUUGUUUGGUUUUAAGAAGACUUUAGGGGAUAUUUUUAGUUUCAAGGUUUAAAGGUUAUUUUAGGGCAAUAGUUUCAGGAGUUUUUCCGGCCUCCAUGGCUGCAGAAAGUCUGGAUUCUAUGAGAAUUUGAAAUCCUGUUCUGCAUUUUCCCCCUUUUGAUCAGGAUUCUGCUACAGAAUUUUUGAUCAAAAUGUUCAGUAGUGGUAGGCUUAGCUCCUUUUUGAACUGCAGUGGGAAAGUGGAAUUGGGUUUUUCCCGUUUUGCUUUGUAGUGUGUGAGAAAAGGAGAUUUUAAAAAGACUCUGGGUUGUGCUUAGCCUUUGUUUUUGCUUUAAGAGAUUCAUUAACCUGAGUUUCCAGUUUUGUGCAUGGAUUUCAUCCCCCAUCUUGAGACUGCUCACUUAGGAGUCUUCCUCAGCACCUCUCCCUCCUCCGCCCCCCAGCAGACUUGGUGGCCUGUGGAAAAGGAGAGACACUAUGUGAAACAGAAGGCAGAGGGGCUGAGAACAGGCCCACACACUGGGUUGGGAAGAGGAGCCUUACUUCCUACCUGUCAGUAAGCGGAUGGGCCGGCAGGAACCCCUCCACCUCAGCUUUGCAUCCUUCUCAUGGGUUCCUUUAAACACAGCACACCUAUUAUGUACAAUUGUAUUGACUGCUGGAAGGAAAAGAGGGACUGAUACAUACUCAUUUGCUAUUUUGGGCCAAUAUAUUGAAAAUGGAUUAGCUGUGUUGAUCUAGCAGGUGUUUAAGUAUUAUUGAAGUAGACUUGGAUCUUUGAACUUCUUUAUAAUAUUAGUGAUAAUUUCUGAGUUAGGUAAGCAUUUUAAAGCUGUGUGGUGAUAAAGACAGAAGCUUGAUUUCUGAGGUUGAACGUGGCGUCAUUCCUUUGCCUUUGAGGAGGCACUCCUGUUAGGCUCCUUGAAACUGGCGUUAAAGCAGGCGGUUUGAGUGGAUGUUUCUCACGCAAGCACAAUACCUUGGCAUCAGUCCAACUCACUGCUACUCUCUCCUUGCGCCUGUUUUGGAUUUUCUCUUUGCAUGUUUGAAUUGUUAUCUGGGAAUACAGUAGAAUUCUUUUUCUUCUGAGGAUUGAGGCUUCCAGAUGGCUACCAGAAGUAGACCGUGUCGGCUUCUCCCUCAGCUAGCUGAGUUCCUAGCAGAAGGCCUGUGUUGUCUCCAAGGGUGAUAUCACCAUCCUCCCUCAGGGAGCACAGGUAGGGACCCAACGUGUUCUCAUCACAGGGCCCUUCUCUACCUUUGGUGCAGUGAGAAAGUGAAUACAAAGCACCAGGCAGAGUAAAACCUGCUGGGAGUGCCUGGAGAUUCUUCAGGAGUUGCAUACAAGUACCUUGGAGCAUUCUGUUAUUUUUGGAAUGUUCAAUAUACAGAAACAAGGAGGUUGCUGACUUGGCAAAAAGGUUCUAAACAGGUAUUCUCAAGAAAAAAAAACAAACUUAUUAUCAGGAACUGAUCUCAAAGAAAGAGAAAACAGUUCCUUAGAGCUAAGUUUCCAAAUCUCUUUUUAAAGGUUUACACACACACACAUCAGUUCUCUCAAAGGAGAACCUCACAUAGUGGUUGACUGAAAUCAGUUUUUCUACAUCCAGAGAUAGUAUAGGUUCUGGGGGACUUUUUAUUUAACAAAACAAACAAAAACAUUUUAAAGGUAGCAAGAAAAGGAGGUAGUUUUUGGGUGUGAUUCCCUAGUCACAAGUCUUGCCUAGUGUUGGGAUGAAGGUUGUAUCUAUCUCAAGUUAACAUCAUCAGUGUCCUACGACACCAAACACUUUAAUAGUUCAUGGUGAGGACUAGCUUUGGAUCUACAAUUCUCAUUUCCCCAUUGUUGACAUUUAUUUAACAUUUAUAAACAUUAACUUUUUGCAACUGAGUGACUUGUAUCUACCGUGUUUGUGUUAGGAAUCUAGCUUUUAUAAUGUUAACUUUUCAACCCAGGUACUCUUGCUUUGGGAUAUUUUUUCUCUUUUUUUUAAGAUUUCAGAAAAUGGAAUAUAGUGUGUUAGCGGUGUGUACAAAAAUAUUUUGCAUGUUUUUGGGUUUGUUUUAUUUUUGGGCCGUGUGACUUGUACUUUUUAGCAAAAUAAAACCAAAAAAAGAAUGUUCAAAUACAGAUUUUUCUGUGUAAAGUUUUUUCACGUGACAUCACAAGGUUACUUUUACAUGGCCAUAAAUAAAAGUUUGAGACAAACAAAAUGUCCUGUUGAGAAGAAGCACUGCCCACUGGCUCUCAUGGCUGUGUGCUCAACAGCAGUUUCACUGCCUUGUUAAACAGACAAGGAUCAAUUAAUAAUCCAGAUGUUUUGCAUACAGGAUAAAUUACCAGGUAAAUAGUAAACUGAAGACCAAAUCUUGCC